UCUUUGGUGAGCUGAGGCCAAAUGAUCUGGCUCACUAAAAAGAGCCUAAAUUCCCAUCACUAGUAGCUUAUCCAUGUGAUUUGGAAGUUAGUUUCGGUUACGUAGAGAGGAGGAAGUGGUUGUUUUUUUUGUUCUUUUUUUUUGUCGUUAUCGCUGAUUCUGUCUUUCAUAUACGUGUGUAUGCUCUGGGUUAUUAAAAUGGGUCAACAGCAGUGUCUGUGACAGUUAGUUCCCCCCUCCGUCAUGUGUUUCAAGGGGGAUCAUAUAGGAGACGGACUUGUAAACAGUUCAAGCGUGGGUGCGCGCUGCCAAGCAAUGAGCGCUCCUACGUGUAACCCGCAGGCAUGAGUCCAGGAAAUGUGAUAGGAGUUGAGUUUAGCAAGCCUACUGAACCAGCACAUAGAGGCUCUGCUGGCUGCGUUAUUACACCAGUAAUGUUUACAUGUUAACUAACCUAGUUAGCUCGUCAAGACAAGCAUUUAGUGACGAUAUGAAAUUACUCUUUCUGGCUUGUCUCAGCCCCAAAACAGGGAACCACACUACAGCUGAGAGAAUAAGGUCCCACAUUGAAUCAGCAGGACACACUUGUGAGCUCAGAGAUGCAGCAGCAUUUCAGUCUCCUGCUGAGGUGGCAAAGCUAAUAUCUCGAAAUCCUCAAUUCGAGGGUGCCCUGGCCAUUCAUCUGUUCAGAGCAGGCAGACUUCUCUUAGAUGUCCAAGUACCCUUUGGCGUUAUCUUUGGCGGAACAGACAUAAAUGAAGAUGUGAAAGUUGAGCAGAAGCGUGUGGUUAUGGAGCAGGUGCUACUGAAAGCCAGGUUUGCGGUUGCAUUUACUGACAAGCUGAAAGAAGAGGCUGAGUUAUUUUUGCUGUCCCAGAGCAGUAAAAUCUAUGUCCAGCCCCAAGGUAUCCAGACGGAAGUGAGUGAGAAAUUCUGCUGGACUGAAUUCUUGAGGAGCUCAGGUGUGAGCAGCGAGCACGGGGACGAGCUGCGUGUCUUCCUGUUGGUCUGCGGCCUCAGAAGAGUCAAGGACCCCCUCUAUCUGGUGGAGGUUUUUUCAGAGUGGCAUUGUGAGAAUCCGCAGAUUGCGUUGGUCAUUAUUGGGCCGAAGAUCGAUCCCGUGUUUACUGCUGAAGUGGAAGCUGUUGUUAAAAGGACACCGGGGGUCUUCCUGGCCCAGGAGAGGAGCCAACGGGAGCUUCACGCUGCCAUGAAAAGGUGCUUCGCCGUGGUAAACAGCUCCGUCUCUGAGGGCAUGUCGGCGGCCAUAUUGGAGGCCAUGGAUCUCGGGGUACCCGUGUUGGCCAGGGACAUCGCAGGAAAUGCAGCCGUAGUGCAGCACGGGUUCACUGGCCUGCUGUACUCCUCUCCUCAGGAAUUUGUGCAUCAAUCUGAGAGGCUGUUGUCAGAUCGUGAGCUGAGAGAGAGAGUGGUGAGGAAUGGAAAACUCUACGUGGAAGAGCGUCACGGCCUCAAACAGGAAAGGGAGACCUACCAGCGGCUGGUGGACACUCUGCUCUGAGCGUUCAGCCCCACUCUGUAUACUUUCUCAGGAACUUCAGCGACAAAAAGCAGGGCAUUACACCGCUGUAUUUACAGGUAGAAUCAUCACAGAUAAGACAUCUUCCUCACAGUCUACAAAGAUGCUGUACAAAAUAAUCCUGUUUUAUCUGCACUGCCAGAUUGAAAUUAUGCUGCAGAGCACUUUGAACCAAAGAGAGUAGAAAUGGUUGUCUUAUUAAUAUAUUUUAUGUAUUUAAAAAUUGAUAAUAUACUGUUAUUUAUGGCUUGGUAUGAAUAUAGAAACGGUUUAUUCAUUCUAGCAAUAAAAUAGACAACACUGGUUGUUUUUGAGUGGUUGGUGAUCUGAAAAUGUAUUUUCUUUCCCUCUAUUAAGACAAAGAUAACGGUUAACUUACUUCCUCAAAUGCAGUAGAUCAGCUAAUCUACUCUUUCUAAAAACUGUUCCAAUAUUUUGUUUCCUUCCAGUCUGUGUGCUACCACAUUCAUUUUUAAUAAAGUGCAACGGUUGGGUUGCACACAUUCAAGGGCCCCUAGAAAAACAAAAUUUGUUUAAAGGUCAGAGGGGCACAAAGGGUUCUUGUAAUUUGCCGUUACAAAGGUUGAUCUUGGCAACACGCUGGGGCGUGGGCUGGUUAGGAAAUGUUCUCUCAAAAGCUUUGCACUAUGCCAAUGGGUUUUUGAUGCAACUGUAAGAUUGAGCAUUACACAAACUAUAGUUUAACAUCAAUAGAUGACCUGCAGACUGUUACCAGAGAUCAUAUGCCUCAUUAAAAUCUGGUAGGUGCUUUAAGGAUAACGUUGGUGUUUUUUUAACCUGGACCCUAUUUCCCCAUGUUUGUGUGUCUAAGUGACUAAUGGGGACAACACUUUUUGAUAUUGGUCCAGUAUUGAGGGAGAACGCUGCAGCCACCAGCUGCUAAACAGGCUGGAAUGUAAUCAUUUGAAGCAACCUGGCACACAGUUUAUCGUCCACUAAAAGUGCUUGUUUUUGCCACAGACAGGCUCAGGUUGUUAUUAUAAGUAUCUGACAACAUUAUGGAAAGGACCCGACAGAGAAAUAAAACCCCUUUUCUCAGGUCUGUUUGUUAUUGUGUGUCUCGCUAGGAGAAGCCUCGUUGUGAAAUGUUGUGUCGCAUUGUCACAUUGUCGAAAUCAAAAUCUAAAUAUUCAGCAAUGGCGUUGAAAAUCUUUUAGAUAACACUAAGCUACGCUUUCUGUACUCCAAGAAAACAAACUGACAACACUGGCGCUCCUCUCUCCAACUCUCACUCAUGUUUCCAUCGUUGUCUUACGGCAACAAGUCACAUGACACAAUAACAAACAGGAAGUGAAAGGUAAAGAAAAACAUUAAUUUCUCUGUAGUGUCCUUUCCAUAAUAUUGUCAAACAAUUAUAAUAACAACCUGAACCUGUCAGUGGCAAAAACAAGCACUUUUAGUGACCGUGAACUGACGGUAAUGAUUACAUUACAGCUUGUUUAGCGGCUGGCGGGUGCAACGUUCUCCCUCAAUACUGGACCAAUUUCAAAAAGUGUCUCCAUUAGUCACAAAAACAUGGGAAAAUAGGGUCAUGGUUGAAAAAUUCAGAAGUUAUCCUUUAACAUAUAAAAACAAGUGAAAGGCAAUAUUCAAGAUCAUGGUGUUUUAAUGAAAAAAAUCAAAUGUAAAUGUAGAUCAAUUUAAAUUUACAAAGAAAGGGGUCUUGGAUAUUGCAUAAUAGAAAAUUUCAGUUAGGAUAAUGUUUAAUCAAAGCCACAUUUUUGGUGAAACCCAAUCAGUGAAACUGAGUUCUGUAUUAUAACUGGUAAUAAAUCUAUUGUUUUUGUCA